UUUUUUUUUGGUUUGGUUUCACCCAACCGGACCACCGGACCGGCUGGUUUUCCGUUCGUUUUCCUACGUUCGUUCGUUCCGUUUAGUUUCGUUUCCGUUUCGUGUGCGUGUGUUUUUCUUUCGCGCGGUGGUGUGUGCCCACGAAGACCCACGUCUCUAAGGAGGUUCCCCCGAGCCGAGACGACACCGAGUAAUGUUCCUGCGUUCCCUCGCGCGCGCGCUCGAUCUCUUCUGCAACCGUCGCCCUCGUCGGUGCCUAUUAUUAUUAUAGAUAAACAGCCAGACACCAUCCGGGUUUAGCCAGUGAUGCAUUAAGUCAAUGCAGCGCACAGCGCCACGGUGAAUGGUGAAGAAGCAAAGCGGAUAAAAACGGACACGAGAAAAGGCUACCACACGACGAGAAAAUUUGUGGCGACGGUGAAUCGUUUUACGAUCCUGUGCAACCCGGAAUAUCAUCAGUAUUACUAGAGCUCUACAGACACACACAUAGAUACAUAGAUACACCCUGAAGGCUCACGGCGAGACAAGGCUGGCAACGACGACGACGGUGUAGGUGCAGCUCGGCAAAAUACGACAUCCAAUAAAUUUCAUGUCCCAACUGUAAGGCUGUAGCCCGUGUACGACGAGGCAGUAAGUGAGUGAAGUGACAGCGCGCCACAAGCGAGCGUUCCGACCGCAGGCAGCCCACCCAACCAAAGAGCCAAAGCUUCCACCGCACCCGAAAACCCGUACAUCCCCACUGCGCGCGCUCCUUCACCGUGUCAUGAUGACGAACGGAAUCGCUGAUGCGCAACAAAAUGGCGGUGGCCAGGAGGACUCGAAGACCAAUCUUAUCGUCAAUUAUUUACCACAGCAGAUGACCCAGGAGGAGAUCCGGUCGCUCUUCUCCAGCAUCGGCGAGGUGGAGAGCUGCAAGCUGAUUCGUGACAAGGUUACCGGACAAAGCCUAGGCUACGGUUUCGUCAACUACCAGCGGGCGGAGGAUGCGAGCAAAGCGAUCAACACACUGAACGGUCUGCGAUUGCAGAAUAAGCAAAUUAAGGUAUCGUUCGCCCGGCCCAGCUCCGAAGCAAUCAAGGGUGCGAACCUGUACGUGUCCGGUUUGCCGAAGAACAUGCUCCAGGCGGACCUGGAGGCGUUGUUCAGCCCGUUCGGAAGGAUCAUUACGUCCCGCAUAUUGUGUGACAAUAUUACAGCACGACAGUACAGCUCUCCGACGGGAGAGAAUGGUAACGGUCUUUCCAAGGGAGUUGGCUUCAUUCGUUUCGAUCAGCGCAUGGAGGCGGAAAAAGCAAUCAAGGAGCUGAACGGCACCGUACCGAAAGGUUCGACCGAACCGAUCACCGUCAAGUUUGCCAACAAUCCGAGCAGCACGAAAACCGUACCGCCACUGGCGGCCUAUCUCGGGCCGCAAGCCGCCCGCCGGUUCCCCGGUCCGAUGCAUCAUCCGACCGGACGAUUUAGCAGUGCCAUUCCAAACUAUCGAUACUCGCCACUGGCCGGCGAUUUACUGGCGAACUCGAUGAUUCCUACCAACGCCAUCGCCAACGGGUCCGGUUGGUGCAUUUUCGUCUACAACCUCGCCCCGGAAACGGAGGAGAACGUCCUGUGGCAGCUGUUCGGUCCAUUCGGUGCCGUCCAAUCCGUUAAGGUCAUUAAGGAUUUGCAGACCAACAAGUGCAAAGGAUUCGGCUUCGUGACGAUGACCAACUACGACGAGGCCGUGGUCGCGAUCCAGUCCCUGAACGGCUACACGCUCGGCAACCGCGUGCUGCAGGUCAGCUUCAAGACGAACAAGUCUAAAAAUGCGUAAAAUCAACCGAACGCACCACCGGGCGAACUGCUGCUCGCCCACCGCUUGGCCCAGCUCUCGAUCUUGCUGGCGCAGCGCAACGGUGACGCAGUCCGGGGGCGGAAAGGUGACGACGGUGGAGGAACCCAGCGACGACGGCGGCGGAAUCAGCAUCCACAGCACGAGCAGCACCAGCAGCAGCAGACACUUGAGAUGGAUGUUGUUGGCAACAGCAGGGCGACGAACCAGCAACAGCAACGGGCUGCCAGCGGUUGGUUGCGCGAGCUCAGCGAGUUGAUCACGAACGACCAAUAAGCCGCGCUCUGGCCGCUCGCGCGCGAUGGUGGAAAAGCUGCUUCUUCCUCUUUCUUUACUUUACUCUCCGUUACGCCUCGGUUCGGAUGAUCAGCAGCAGGGAGAGCGUUGGUCAGCAGUAAACAGCAACAAACCAAAAACUAAACCAGGAACGGGCAGAUCGACAGAAAGAGAGAGAAAGAAAGAGAGAGAGAGAGAUUCACGGAUGAUUAUGCGAUAACAACUAUGCUAUGAGAAACAAUAAGCAGGAAGGCAGAAGGGCGCAGUGCGCGAAGUACGGGACGGGACAAAAUGAUUCCACAAUGUUUGUGUUUCUGUCUUUUUGAUGGAAAAGGGACAGUUUUGCUAUUCAGUUUUUUUUCGGAUGUUUCGAUUAUGUUUGGUCAACGAGUUUGAAUUUAGAAAACAAAGGCGUUAAGAGAGAAAGAGAGUGCGAGAUUGCAUUGAUUGGGAAGAAAAGAGAACAUAGGUGGAACGCAAAAAGGGAUGGAGUACGAGAAUCGUGCAAUAUAAUAGAAGGCAACAACCUGUCACGCGGCCGCGGCCCGCUUAGCCCCCGGCCAUUUAGUCAGGCUGGCGGCGGAAGUGCGGCCAGCCGGCACCGUCGGGCUGUCGCUGUUGGCCGGUGACGGUACACCGUGCCCCCGUUUUUGGAGGCCACCAGCGCACGCGCACGCGCGCUUGUGUAUCCCAUCAUCAUCCAUCGGCCCCUGCCGGAGCCUGGAGGGGCCGAACUUUGGCUGUGUUUUACAUGGUAGUUGCUGGUCACCAUCACCAACCGCCUGCUGCCCGUGUGUGGCCCGGAAUGACGAAUGGCGAAGGGAGUAGCGAAGGCGCGCAGGGUAAACAGCGAGAACGGGGAGUAAGGACAUCGCGUAAGAAGAGAGCGUUAAGAAAAAUCACACUUUUUAGACGAAUUUUACACGAAGUUUUACACACCAGGGAAAAGCGGAACACGACUUCGCCAAAGAAGAACGAGAGAACGAACGAACGAAGGCAAAGCAAAGCGCGACGACCCGUCACAGCUUCACGCGAGGGGCACUCGGAAUGACAGAACACGAAGCCCCUCGGCUCGGCGGGCAGCGGUGCGCUAGAGAAACACAACAGUGAAAGAUGUGGUUGAGGGGUUGCAGGAUACAGUAAGCGCCUAUCAAUCGUGCCGAAGGUGAAUGAACGAUCGAUGUGGAAAGUACGAUGCGCUAUGAAGCUUGGUUUUGAAUUUGUCUACUUUUCUUUCGGGACCGAGCGUGGCAGUGCAGACUUUGCACUGUCAGCCGGUCGGUCAGCUAAAUCAGGCACGUCGUCGUCGGGAGCACCAACCGGAUUACGAUCGGUUGAUCCCACGGACGUGAUCGUGCGGUCGCGGUGCCGUGCGAUCGAUUAAUUUAUUUAAGUUAGUUUAAUUUACUAUCCCUUUCACAACCUCGUUACAUGUUUGCGUUACGAUGUUCGUUUUUCUUGACACCCUAAAUUUAGUUUACCCGUUUGGGUUUCGUGGUUUGGUUGUCGCUUCAGCCUUUAGUUGUGUUUCCUUCACUGUGCAAAGACCGCAAAGAAACAUAUAUCUUUCGAACAGAAAAUCACUAAAUGCAAGUCAGGCGCACGUUAUACGUUCCGUGGUAUCGGUUCUUACUGUGAACAGAAAUUACUUUCAAACAGCAAUUUAGUUAACUUUCUUUACUAUCGCUUCGCUCUGCACACGUUUCUUUAUUAUAGCUCUAGUUUUGUGCGUCGUUUGGAUUAACGAAUGAUUAUUUAUUACCAGUUAUAUAGAUACGUGUAUUGAAUUGCUUUGUGGAGUACGUGGAACAGAAGCCACCCUAGUGAAUUAUUGCACCGCCCCGUGGUCAGGAGGCACGCGUUUCGUUUUUCUUUUUUCGUACAUUACGCGAUAAGUUUAUAAGUUUUCCAUUUCACUACUGAUUUACUAUUUUUCGAAUUGUGUUUUUUUGCCCCAUUUUGUGUCACCAUAGUUUGCGCUGAAAACGAACUCUUUGCGUGCAGAAGUCGGUGUAAAGUGAAGAAAAGA